GAAACGAUUAGCGCUUAACUGCCAAAACGGUGUCGUAUACUGAUACACUACACCUGAGCUGCCGCUUGUCGUCAUCGGCGGCAUUGCGGUGCUGAAGGCCACAUAUAGUUUCGAAUUUUUGAAUUCCAGUGGGAUUGAGACUGCAUUUGGCCGAAAUCGGGAUUGAGAAUGGCGGAGUAUCCGCAGGAAUUGGUCGUUUAAGCUGAAAUGUCUUCGUUGUGGGAAGCUCUAUUUCUUCCUGCCAAGCGCCUCCGUAUAUACGGAAAUAUUUUAUGUAAUUAUCUGAAGAGCAUCAAUGGCAGGAAAUUAGACCUAUCACUGGUUCAAGUUGAGUCAGAAACUAAGUCACUACAGAAUCUUAAAGAAGUUGAGAGAAUAAUAGGAUAUAGAUUUAACAACCGUAGCUUACUAUACGAAGCGUUUACCCAUCCAUCCUACCAGCAGGGUUGCAUUUCAUAUGAACGGCUCGAGUAUAUUGGUGACUCGGUGCUUAAUUUUUUGAUAACUAAGGAACAGUUUUCCAAGUACCCGGAUCUUGCACCGGGAUCGUUGUCCCCACUUCGAGCUGCCAAUGUUGAUACGGAGAAGCUUGCACGGGUGGCUGUCAAGCAUAACUUUCACAGAUACAUCCGUUUUGGCGCUAAAAUCUACACCAAGAGGAUUCAGACAUUUAUCAAUGCUCUUCCUAAAUAUCCUUUGCAUUCACAUGGUUUGAUUCAUACCCCAAAAGUGCUUGCUGAUGUUGUUGAAUCAACUAUUGGAGCUGUUUAUGUUGACAGCAAUUAUUCAAUUGAUACGACAUGGGAGGUAGCCAGCGAUCUAAUACAACCCAUAAUAACCCCGAGAAUGCUUGAAAAACACCCCGUGAAGAAGCUCUAUGAGAUCUGCCAACAACACAAGCUUGAAGUGAAACUAGUGGAUCAAUGGUCGAGAGAUGGAACUUACAAAGUUUAUGUCGACGGUAAACUUAGAGGGACAGGUACGUCCCACGCAAAGAAGGAAGUAGCACUGAGCAGAGCAGCAAAUGCUGCUUAUAACGAAGUUUUACUCAAUCUGAGCCCAAAAACUUAAAAAUGAAGGCUGCUAAUGUUUUUCAACAAUGCGUAUCAGUUUUUGUAUUAAGCUAUGGAUUCCAUUCUUGGAUUUCACGGCCCAAGGGGACAGCUUCCUCGAGUUGUUUCUGAGACACUUCACGAUUAAUUGGCGCACCAGACUUGCUCUCACCUGUCCCAUGUCUUGCUUAGCCCUCGACAACAGGUUUUAUGUGACCCUGUCCCAGAGGAGGUUUUAUUGAAUCCAUCGUCACUUGUCGGAACAAAGAACAUUUGCCAUGGCCCAUGGAGGGCUGUUUGUAGCUAGUUCAAGUCGAUGAAUAAUGCUCAGUUUUCCAAUAGCAUUCGAUGGGGUAUAUAACUCAUCUAUCUUGGAGUUAUAUGAACAAAAAAAUGUGUUGUUAUCAUUAUUUACUUUUUCUACCAAAAAUAAAUUAAAAUGUUUAAGGCCUUGUAAAAGCAAACGUUGAAAACAUAACGAUUUUGCCCAAUGCAAUUCUAAA